CCAGGCUCCUCGGCAUUGCAGCAAAGGAGGAGGGAAGGCGGCCCGCCCCGGGGAGUCCUUCCCCGCCCCCUGCUUUCGGGGCUCCUCCGUCACGCCUUGGGGCUCCUCCUCGAGGGAAAGGAGGGGGGAAGAGGAGGAGGAGGAGGAAGGCAAGGAGAAGCCUCCCUCCCUGUCAGUCCGACGCUGCUUCCAGCCAGGCAGCCGCAGCGCUGAGCCAGAGGAGAGGAAAGAGGCUGCAGUUUCAGGCAUUGAUGAUCAAAACUAAAGCAAAGAGACAGCUGAUGGCGGUCUUGUCAGCCCUUCUGAAUUUCAUAGUAGAGCAGUUCGUACAGAAACCGAAUGUGCUUUGAAGUCUCCUGCUGUUGUUUUGUAGCACACGAUAGUUCUUCAACACAGAAUCAAUUUGGACACGCAUUGAUUAACAGAAGAUGGAUAGAGCUUAUGAGAUGGAAGACAAGACUUCAUUAGUGAAAGGGGCUCAAGAUCUUGCCAAGGAGGUCAAGAAACAGGCAGUGAAGAAAGCUAAUAAAACUGCAGACAGGGCUCAAGAUGGGUAUAGGGAAAGAGCUUACAAUCAAUUCCAGGGUGAGGAAGAAAACGCGUAUUACACUGAAGAAGGAAACUACGACGGAGAAGCAAAUGAAGAUGAGGGAUCAAGCGAAGCGACCGAAGGACAUGAUGAUGAUGAUGAGAUUUAUGAAGGAGAAUAUCAGGGUAUCCCAAAUGCAGCACAGAACAAGGAAGGGAUGGCAGCCUUAGGACAGCCUACGCGAGAUGACCACAAGGAUCGCCUUGAACUGGAGACAGAGAGGAAAGCUGAUGAGGAAGAACUAGCACAACAGUAUGAGCUAAUCAUUCAAGAAUGUGGCCAUGGACGAUUUCAGUGGGCCCUCUUUUUUGUUCUUGGAAUGGCACUAAUGGCGGAUGGAGUAGAGGUUUUUGUGGUUGGAUUUGUGUUGCCCAGUGCUGAAACAGACAUGUGUAUUCCAAACUCUGGAUCGGGAUGGCUCGGUAGCAUAGUAUACCUUGGGAUGAUGGUGGGGGCGUUCUUCUGGGGAGGCUUGGCAGACAAGGUGGGAAGAAGACAGUCUCUUCUGAUAUGUAUGUCUGUCAAUGGAUUCUUUGCCUUCCUUUCAUCAUUUGUCCAGGGCUAUGGCUUCUUUCUCUUCUGUCGAUUACUUUCUGGAUUUGGGAUUGGAGGAGCUGUUCCAAUCGUGUUCUCAUAUUUUGCUGAAGUCCUGGCUCGGGAGAAACGUGGAGAGCAUUUAAGUUGGCUUUGCAUGUUUUGGAUGAUUGGAGGCAUCUAUGCCUCUGCCAUGGCCUGGGCCAUUAUUCCUCACUAUGGAUGGAGUUUCAGCAUGGGAUCUGCCUAUCAGUUUCAUAGCUGGCGAGUGUUUGUUAUUAUGUGCGCUCUGCCCUGCGUUUCCGCAGUGGUGGCACUUACGUUCAUGCCGGAAAGCCCAAGGUUCUUACUUGAGACUGGAAAGCAUGAUGAAGCUUGGAUGAUUCUCAAACAGAUUCAUGAUACAAAUAUGCGUGCUCGAGGUCAGCCUGAAAAAGUUUUCACUGUUAAUAGGAUCAAAACUCCCAAGCAGAUAGAUGAGCUUAUAGAGAUCGAAAGUGAUACGGGAACUUGGUACAAGAGAUGUUAUGUCAGAGUGCGCACUGAACUGGAUGGUAUUUGGCUAACAUUUAUGAGGUGUUUCACCUAUCCAGUCAAGGACAAUACAACCAAACUUGCAGCAGUAUGGUUUACACUUUCUUUUGGCUACUAUGGAUUGUCAGUCUGGUUUCCAGAUGUAAUCAAGCAUCUUCAAGCAGAUGAAUAUGCUUCUAGGAGGAAGAGUUUUGAAAAUGAGAAGAUAAUAGAUUUUGACUUCAACUUUACUUUGGAAAAUCAGAUCCACUUCAAUGGAACAUUCAUCAAUGACAGGUUCUCCAUGAUGAAAUUUAAAGCAGUUACUUUUCAAGAUACACUUUUUAAGAGCUGUAAUUUUGAAGAUGUUACCACGCUAAACACAUACUUUAGGAACUGCAUUUUUGUGGAGACCACUUUCUUCAGCACAGAUCUUGAGCCAUACAAAUAUCCUGGCAGCGAAUUUAUAAACUGUACAUUCUAUCACAACAAGACAGGAUGUCAGAUCUCCUUUGAUGAUGACUACAGUGCCUAUUGGAUUUAUUUUGUUAAUUUUCUGGGGACUUUAGCAGUAUUACCAGGAAAUAUUGUCUCAGCUCUUCUGAUGGACAGAAUUGGGCGUUUAACCAUGUUAGGUGGCUCUAUGAUUCUUUCUGGAAUUAGUUGUUUUUUCCUGUGGUUUGGUACAAGUGAAUCCAUGAUGAUAGGCAUGCUGUGUCUAUACAAUGGCCUCACGAUUUCGGCAUGGAAUUCCCUUGAUGUCAUUACUGUGGAACUUUAUCCUACAGACAGGAGGGCAACGGGCUUUGGUUUCCUAAACGCAUUAUGCAAAGCAGCAGCUGUUCUUGGGAAUUUAAUAUUUGGCUCUUUUGUUGUCAUCGCCAAAUCAAUUCCUAUUCUUUUGGCUUCUACAGUUCUGGUCUGUGGAGGUUUGGUUGGACUUCGACUCCCUGACACCAGAACCCAAGUGUUGAUGUAACUUGGGAUGGAUUGUGGAUAAAAAGCCAUUUACAAUUUGUUUUCCUCUCUUUCCAAGUGUCAGAUCUCCUGGGUGGAUGGGCAAAGGCUUCAGAUUUUCAGAUCAUGGAAGGCUGCAGAAGUCCUACUCUCAAAAUGAAAUAUCUAUGACGGAAGAUUAGAAACUAGAUUUAAGUCCACUUCAAAUGUUCCCCAGAUCUUAGAAACAUUACUUUAGUAUUUUAGCUCUUGGAUUACAGCAUGUUUUAAAAUUGCAUCUUUAGUAUUACAAUCCUUGAAUUAGUUUUCUGGGAAUUGUAGUCUUAAAAUGCAGCCUUUCCAAGCUCUUAGUUUAGAAUUCACUGAACACACAGGAUGAGUGAGAGGAGUCUGGAAACAAACCAGGUGUUAGAACUCACUGGAGUCCUCUAUAUUACCUGGAAAAGUUGUACUUUACAAAAAUAACUUUUCCGGGCUCUGGGCUAUGUUUGCUAGAUCCACAUCUAGCUUCACACAUCCAAUCAACUCCAAUCCCCAACCAGUCAUAUAUUUAGGGAAAGUCUGAUGAUUUGGAGCCACCACAUAUUAUUCUCCUAUAUGAAGCUGAACACUCACAAAUAUGUCUAUACACAUAAAAGUCAUUGCAUGGCAAUUCCUGCUUCAGAUCUAGUCAUGUAAAAGGGGAUGAAAAUAUGUUGAUAUCAGACGGACAACAAACAGCCAUGGCCCUUCUCAUUCUCCCAUACCACUUCAUCCAUUCAGUUAAUGUUUGAAGUGAAUUGUUGAACCAUUAUAAACCAUAUAUGUUGUCUUUUCUAUGAUAGAGCAAAAGGACAUCCCAAUGAUCAAUUAAACUAGUGGAGUCUUAUUGAUUUCACCUGUGUUACACUAAGGUGAAAAUUCUGUGAAUUGUUAACCUUAAGAGUUGCUUCUUUCCAAAUUAUUUUUUUUUAAAUUGUUGUCAAAAGCCAGUAAUGGUGGUUUCAUAUAUAACAAGUUCCCUUCACGGAGAUUGUCUCCAUGUGGAAAAAUGUAUUUCCUAAGUCAUUCUGCAGGCUCAAGGACAGUGUGAAUUCUCUGUUUCAUAACAGGCAAAGGGGUUAAAGGCAUUGUAACAUCUAAAUACCUUUCGGCCAUAUGCAAACUUAAAUAAAUUGUAGCAUGAGAACUAUUCUGCUAGUUUAACCUUGUAAUGUUCAUUCCGGAUACGGAAGCCACAGAAUAAUAUCACUAUUUUGAAUUGAGCCAAUAUAAAUAGAGUCAUCACAUCCUUUUUUUGACAAUAUAUGCUAAUCUUAAUGUGUAUAAUAAGAUGCAGAAUUAACUGCAUGAGUGUACGUAACAUUAGCUUUCAUGCUUCCUUUUAAUGAUGAUUUGGGUUAGGAGUUUAGACUGAUACUUGCAGCUAAAUCACAUUUAAGAUCAAAAUAACUCGUACACCUUCAAAACCAUACUACUAAUUGGAAAAUCAAAUUAAAAAUCCAAUAAUAAACAUGUUUUCAAGGCAAGGCAUGAUUUCCAGGGUAAAUCAGAUUUUCUGUAAAAUUAUAGUACAGAAAACCAGUAGUCUCUUUUUUAGUUUGGUAAUAGUAAUUGUAUCACCACGAUGUGUGGUGAAUCCAUGGACCUUUGUAAUGAGGUCCUGAAACAAAUAACUGUAGCACUUAGAAGAGAUUGACAAACCUCCAUGAGUAUAAAUUGGGUGACUGUACUUUCUUGUUCUAUUUAGUCAGGUGGCCUCAGAGAUUGCUUUGAAAGGGGAAGAGACAUCAUUCUGAACUGUCUCAUCAGCUGUGGAAGGAGAUUCAUUGCUGUAAUACUUCUACUCCACUUAGACAACACAGGACUGCAUGUUACCUGAACUAGGCAGAAGCAGCAUACCUCAGGGCAAUCCUUUCACAGACUCUCAAGCUAAGAGUGUUUUUUUAAUCAGUUGUGAGCUAUGGUGAUUCUGAAAAAUAGAGAUUGAGAUAAGAAAAAAGAGGGGAAAGUGAGCUCAUUUUGUUUCCUUAAUCAACUGUUUGCCUUCUAUAAAGUCACACUUACAUUUCCCCAAAGAAAUGCGGCAGGCACAGAAAGACAUAUCUUAACUACGUGCUUCAUGGCAGAGGGAUUUGUUGGAUGGUUACCUUUUUUUUCUAAAUUAGAUCUACAAUGUGAAUCUUACCAAGAUAGCUUUUCAAUAUACAUUCUAGUGUUUUAAUGUUAAUAUAAGUUUCAUUGUUCAUUUCAGUUGUUCCCCCAUUUUUGGAUAGUGCCAACAUCCUGGUUACAGUGUGUGAGUCUCAUAGCUUUUAAUAUUAGCCCACCUUUAAAUAGCAAAACUGUGUUAUUAUAGCCAAUGUCCCGUGUUAAAUUUGGCCUUUCUACAGAUUUCCUUUCAUUUGGAGGGGAGGAACUUUUUAUCCUGCUCUUUGUCAUAAGGAGACCUUAUGUAAUACUUCUAAAAAUCUGAAGCCUUUGUACAGAUGGGGGAGUGGUGAUCAGUCGCCAGCUGUAGACCAUGCUUUUGACAUGCACUGUCCAUUUAGAUUGAUGUGGUGUUUCGUCUGCUUCCUCCCUCUAUGUAAUCACUGAAGAAUCCAGAGCCAUAACUAAGCUUUAGAAGGAAAAUUAAGCACCAGCUCCAAAGCAGGACAAAAUCUCACCAUUUUAUUAUUGUGUUACUUUCUCAGAAUCUAAUAAUGCUCAGUAUCCAGAUUGAAAGUGUUAUGUUGGGUGUGGCCUUGACACAUGGUAGGCAAUGAAAGUGGGCAGAGGUUUUGUAUAACGUGAAGAAAGUGCUCAAAGAAUAACCAAAGACAUGUAUAUCCAUCUUGUUUGGGGUGUGUGAUUCAAGCUUCAAGAAGACCAGCAUUGUCUCUUUGGUCACGACUUUCCCUCCUCCUUAAGUGAAUGGAAAAUAGUGUGUGGAAAGCAGGGAAGAGAAAAAGUUGUAGUAUGAAUUGGUGGAAGAUGGCUUAGAAGUCCUAAGGACAAAAAAAGAAAAGAAAGAACGUUUGAACCUUUUGAACACAUACUGUUUGAAAUGCAACUGGAUAAUACACAUGAUAUAACCAGAUGAUAGCCUAUGGCUUAAAAGCAGAUGUCUGAUUACUAAUAUAAAUCCUUUCAUUGUACAGACAUUAUAUAUGAUAUGGGCAAACCCAUUUUGCUUGAGCUAUGCUGUUCACUUUCAUGUAAGCCUUAUUCAGCAAUGACAUAAAAUUGAACAGUUGGGACUGCUUAUACAGAAUGCUUCAAAAAUAUGGACCUGAUUUGAAAUCUCUGUAACUCUGCAACCAUGAACUGCCCAUGAAUGAAGCUCUUGUCACUUGAAAAAGGUGGGGCAUAGAGUUCAAAUGAUUGCAGCGAGAUACCUCUCCCAGCCCACAAACAGUCCCUGGCCUCGGUCAUUUGCAAGACCCUGCAACAUAAGGCCUAAAGAGAUAUUCUCCAUUUGCAAAGUUAUUUUUUAGAUUUGUUUCUGACUCAAAUGUUUAGUACAACUUGGUAACCUGAUAACUCAUUAAACCAUGUGUACCUUUUUGUGUAAUUAUAACAUGUUGCCAUUGUGAAAUAUACUGCUUUGAAACUGGGUCCAUCAUUUUGAAACACCCUGUAUAUUUUUGUCAAGUUGUAAAUCAUGCAUGCUAUCUGCCCAGUAAGAGAAGUUCAACUUACACUGGAAACAGAUAAACAGAGGGGAUGUAUCAUGGGUUGUUGUAAAAUAAGCAGAGUGGAAAAAUAAUAAACUGCCCUUGCAGAAAGGAAGAUGAGUUCUGGAUUAAUGUGGAGCAUGAAUCCCAUUACAGGGGAGAGGUGAAAAAGGAUGUUUUGCAUGUUAAAACAAGGAGGAAAAGAGGAAUUGAAUGCCACCCAGUGCCAUGCUUUCUUGUCUCCAGAUUCUGCAGCAUUGAAGAUCUUUUCCAAAUAAAUGAUUUUGUACACAUUGGCUGUUUUUAAAACUAUUUCUCAGCUAUAUUUCAGAUUCCUGCUCUUGUUGUUACAUAUAACUUCUUAAUCCCUUUUGCAAUGCUACUGUUGCCCAGAUGGAUAUCCCUGUCUUAUUUUUGUGCAAGAUGUAGAUAAAAGUUGUCUCAUCCUUAGUACUAGCUAUAUUUUCUGUGGGGGAAGCAUUGCUGUGUUUAAUCCUUUGAAGAAAUGCCAACAAUCUUAUUCCUUCCGCUUGGCACAGAGCUCUGUAAGAACAUGGGAACCACGUGAUUGCAUCAGAAUAACAACUUGUUUAGUCUGGUAGCCCAGUGGUACAAAAUAAGUGCUAUUAUUCUUUUCCAUAAACUGAAAAUAUGUUUGAAUUUUAAUGUGCUUUAAUUAUCAUUAGGAAAUUCCCCACCCCAUCUCCUAAGUCAGUGAACACACCCUCAUAUUUUGGCUUGCUUUAAAUGUCACAGCUCACCUUUCUAGCUGAGAAAUUGGAAAAAUUGCUUCUGGCUGGGGGAUUAUGGAAAAGGUAGCUUUCCCAAGUUCUGCUUUAGUCAGUGUUGGAUUGUGGCCCUCAUUUACUGACCCUUACAUGCCAUCCUAGGACUCUGUUAUUCUGCGGUGUCCUAUCUACCAAUAUGUUUGUUGUGAGAUAUGCUGGGUUUUAUUUAAAUUAAUGUAUCCAUAUAACACUUUUUAAGGAGAAGCAUUAAUCAAAUGUUUUCCCCCAACAUUAUACAUUUCAGUGCAAAGCAGAGUCUUGAAAUAAAUCUGCAUCUGCAUUUCUCCCGAUAUGCAAGCAGUUAGAAUAUGUGAGAGAAAGCCAUUGGCUAAUGUCCCCACUAUAGGGUAAAUAUGAUGGAUGGAGCAUUACAAUGCACUUUAGAGGAAAUAUGACAUAUGAAACAAAGGUUGAAAUGUGAUGAUACAGCAUUUAUUUCCUUUAUUGUCACCUGUCAGUUGUCGUGGCAUGCCCUCAAAAAUGCAUUUCUGUCCUGUUACCCAUGCAGACAAAUAGUGGCACAUCUCAAAUUUGUUCACUCUCUAAAUUAUGUUCAGCUGACAUUAACAUUGAAAUGAGUACUUCCCAUCUGACCCCCACUCCACUGACAUGCCUAGUUACACUGCUAGGAAAUUGUUAUUUUUCUGUAUCGAUAUUUUCAAUUUUUUUUUACCUCUUUGACAUUGCCAUCAGCACACCCUUUAUUACUGGUUCUAAAUCAAGACAGGAAAUUAUGUGACUUUCAGAACAUAGCUGACCUUGAACGUCAUUUUCCUGAUCCUUGAGCCCCCUUCAGAAGCAAACUAGGGGCAACCAUACAUCCCCCCACCCCAGAUUGCUUUUGAUUUCCCCUCUUCAGAAUGUGAGACCUAUAAUUUUCCUCUAUAACCUGUUUUAGUAAAGAAAUUUGAUUAUAAUGAGUAUUGUUGGGAGGACUUCCAUGUUUAUUAUAUAAUUGCUCUUUGAUUGAAAUCUGUCCUUUCAAAACACAAAGGAGAACCUCUGUUCCUGUGAUUGUUUUUCAUUUUAAGAGUUCCAGACAGCAUGGGAUGGUAAACUGGUUCUUUUAUCAUUUACAUCUCAUCUUUUCUCAGUCCAGUGCCCAACAGAUGUGUAGUACCUAUCUUCUUCAGCCCAAAGACCAUACUAGCUGGCUAUGAUGGGAAAUGUCAUACAGCUGGGUUGCCAAAUAAGGGGCAACCUAGUUUCUAUCCCAUUGAUGAAUGUGUAGAAGCAGGAAUUCAGCAGGGGGUGAUUGCAUAAUAAGCAUCACAUUUGGCAACCCUAAAUCAGCAUAUCUGGACGAGGCCAGAUUAGAAUAGGCUCUCUUACUUUCAAGUCACCUGUUUUUUUUUAAAAAAAGAAAAUCCAUAUUCUUUCCAAACUUACUACAUGCCUAAAAUGCAUACGUGCACUCACAUCACAUUCUUAUGUCAAUGUUUUGAAGAAACUCUGAACACCCAUGGGGAUAAAGCACAGGAAGUAUACAGAAAGCUGCUGUGCUACUUCUUAAAGAAGUGGUGGGCAAAUCAGCAUUUCAGUUCAAAGGCAAACAAAGCAGCCAUAAUUCCUUUUCUUCUAGAUUUCCUGUCUCUUUAGGCACAAACCGCACUGUCAGAGCCUGGGAUCUAUGUUCAUAUUAAUAAUGUCUGAUCCUAUCAGGCAGGAAACACAGCAGGAAGCACUGCUCUAUGUUUACUAGCAAUUCUUGAACAAUUCUCCCUCUUCUGUGAUUUCUGCCUCUGCUCUUUAUGAAAAGAAGAAUAUAAGCAAUGGGUAAAAUUGUUCUUGCAUUCCGUUGACCAUUUGAUUUUCCAGCAGUGAUUGGAUAGAUGGUCACGUUGAUCUUUGUUCAUAGUCUUCUGCUAGACUCAUCUCUCAAUACUUUUUUCUCUGUGUGUGUGUUUGAUAAAUUUUAAUAAACUGCUUAAUAUUGAAGUUACAAAAACAAUAGAGACAAUGCAUAAACAUGCAGCACACUAAAUGGUAUAUUGUUCCUGUCCCCAUCACUCAUUACAAUUGACUUUCUGCUCUUCUCUGGCUGCAGUAUUGGAACUUUUAUGCAACAUCCCUCUAUUCCUUCUUUUAUACAACAUUCCUCUAGUUUCUUUCCUUUUCACGUAUAGCUCUCUUCCCAGCAUUCGUUGAACUGCAAAGGGCUGGGGACAGUCAGGUGUGUCCUGUCCAGCUGCCCACUUCAAGUUGAUGGUAAAUUGUGCACAGAAAUAGUUGGUAGGAAGCAGAUUGUCUCUCUCACCUCAUUGUAAUCCUCCCCCUGUGCUGUAAGAACUUGUUGAAUAUUUGGGUGUAAAGGUCUAUAUUACUAGGUCUGCUGCUUCAACAUUUUUGUCCCUUUCUUAAUAAUUCCUAACAUAGCACUUUCUGAUUUUUGCUGAGCUGGUGCUUUUAGUUAGCUUUGCUGCCUAAUUUGUGUGAAAACAUUCUGUUUCUCCAUCCUUCUUUUCAACCAGAGUUAAACUUAAAAGCAGAAGGAAACCUCUCCCUUUCUAUUAUCACCCCAAUCCAAGAAAAUCUAUAUUUACUUUGGUAUUGGUCCCUUUGUAUUUGAUCAAUUUUGUUUGUGUCGGUAGGGAAUUCAGUCAGAAGUGAUUGACAUGGAAUUUGUCUUAAAUGUCUGUCGUGGUUGGCAUUUGAAUAAAUGCUUAUCUGAGGAAGAAAUGAACCCUUUUUCCUGAUUGCUAAUAAUCUCGUAUAUGUCUACAGUUACCUGCCUCUUGAUGUCAUUAAUAUAAGAAACACAGCAACCCUGUCCUACACUCUUUAAUCCUAUUAAUGGCAAUAAUUGCCAUUGGGUACAGAGACCAUUGUUCAAUGGCAGAACAUUGGGUUGAAGUGCAAAAGAUGUCAGGCUUAAUCCAUCAAUCACUUUAUUUAUAUCUCACUUUUUCUCCAUGAGUCUUUGACUUCCUCGGUCAAAAGAAACAUGUUUUAGGGGUUUUUUGGGAGGAAAAUCUGGGCCUUAGAAAGGAAUGGGAAUCAGUGCAGGCAAUAUGAGUGUAGAUGGACAAAUACUCUAACCUGGUGUAAGGCAGCUUCCUAUCAUGGUUUCAGGAAAAACAGGCCUUUUUCUAUACAUUUCUUCUUACGCCUCCAAAAUAUUCAGACAUAAUUAAAACAGUGUAUAUUAUGAACAAUAUGCAAUGUAUAGGUAUAUAUACUGAUUUUCUAUUAUAUAAAAUAUAAGAUAAUUCUAUACAUAUAAUGUGUAUAGGUAUAGAUGUUUUAUAUUAUAUGGGAUGUAAUAUAAUAUAAUGCAUUGCUUUAUGCAUUCCUGUCUAUGUUUACAAAUUUGACAACCAAAAGAAUUUUAUUAACUGUAAAAUCUUCCUUGGAAAUAUAUGUGCAUAGUCUAAGUUCCAGCUAAAGCUCAAAUACUUGAUCAAAUCCAAAUGUCAGUUCAAAACCAGACUAAACCCACUGAAGAAAUGGUGACAUGGUAAGUUAGCAACAUAAGUCCCAUCUUCUAAUCUAGGAGAUUGCCAUACCUGCAAAACAGAAAAUGUGUCCCAUAUGCCACCUGGAGGGGAAGAUUUGGCUUCAGAUGACACCCCUUCCCCAGCUUUCAUGAUCACCUCCAGUGGUCCUCUUUGCUCCCUUCCAGUGUUGGUAGAAACAAAAGGGGACAACAGAAACUAUGUCAUGGGAAGAUCAGGACAUUCUCAGCUUCCAUGUGAUUCUGUAGUCUGGGCCGGGAUAGGGUACAUGGUGAGCUUCGUCCCAUGGUAGGAAUGAAGGGGAAUGUACACUCAAGCUAAUGUUUCCUUCCUUUGAGAAAAAUUUUGAGAAAGGAAAAAGAAAAAGAGAACCAUGUCCUCUCCUUUUUGGUCCAUAUGGAUUGAGCCCAGUGGGAUUAGUUUAUUCUGCUUCUUCUGGUAGGAUUGAUUAGUAAAGUAAUUAUCUAUGUGCACUUAACUGGGGUAUUUUUCACUGUAUAUUGCUUCUGAAUAAACAGUAAAUAACUACUUCUGGAAAUCAGUGGAGUUCACACGCGCAUGACCGAGAUUAUCUCCAGUAUUCUAGAUAGUUCCUGGGCCCAUAUUAAUAUAAUGGCAGUCAGAAAUCUAACCUACCUUUGGGGAUAAGAAAAUUGGUACUUAAUCCCAUAAAGUUCUGAUAGUGCAAAGGAUUUGAUGGAGGGUUUGAUGGUGUUAUAUGAUUUUAUGUAUGAAAAAUAGGUAUAGAUGUGAAGUACGUUUUGGUAAUAUCCUACUAUUUUAAUAUUUCUGCUCCAUGCAUUUUGGCAUAUAAACAAGUGAUGGGCUGUGAAGAGCAUUUCGUGUUUCAGCAAAUUCAGAAAAUGGCAUGGCUUUAGAAAGGUGUGUUUCUAUUGCCUUAUUUAGUGUUAGAUAUAUUCUAAUUAAUACUAUGUGUAGUUAAAAUAGUUUCUGUAUAGUGUAUGUCUGCCUUUUCUUUCCUCCCCCCCCCCCCCCCUGUGUUUCUACUCAGAUAGUUAAUGUUGUUCCAGUAGUGUUCACAUAGCCUACACAUCGCUCAUUAGUAUUUUUGACUGGUCAGGAAUAGAGCCAUUGCCAAACUGCCUUCCAAUUCUCUGUUACCUUUUUACCAAAUCUGGCCCUAUUACGGCUUAUUAAAGCUCACCCAGGAAGAAAGAGAGAUCAAGAGAAUUUAUUCCAAAGUGGUGGCAUUCAUUGUUUGUUUCCCUUCCAUUAUGUAAGUGACUUUCAUCUCUGCAUAACCAGGGGUGAGGGUGGGUGUGUUUAAAUGUAUAACUAAGGAGUCAGCAGAAAAGUGGUAUUUUUUAUUUUUUUCCCCCCUCUCCACCCACAAGAACAAACAAAGCUUAUGGUCUAAAGGGCAGUUGGAGAAUCUAAAUUCUGGCACAUUCUUAGUAAGGGUUGAUUCUGGCUGGAGAAAGAGAAUGUCUGUGUUACUACAGAAAAAGCAGAGCAUGGUUUGAACAGAGUUAACAUUGCAAAGAUUAGCAUAGCAACUCUUGUUGGACCUUGCUGUGUCCUAGGCAACUGUAGGAAUAAUGCCAAGGCAAUAUUUAUAUAUACAUACAAUGCAUAAGUGUUACAAAGAACGACUUCCUCAAUAUCAUGACCUUUUAAAUAAUCCCAUUCCCUUCUCAGAUACUUUGAGUCUUCUUAGACUCAAAGAGAGUCUAAGAGAGAAAAAUCAGGGUAUAAAUAAACACAAUAAAUAAUAAUAAUAGAUUCUGAGGCUAUGAAUCAAAUGCGUUUAUUUACAUGCGUUUUAUGCAGAUUUUGGCUGGUAAUUGGAGGUUCCCCAAAUUACAGAGUGAAACCUCUCUGCCUACAGUACUGUAGGUUAAUGAACAUGCCUCUUGCUUUCAUGGCAAGCCUGCCCUUUAUGAAUUUGGCAAGACUAUCAAAAGAAAUAACUAGAUCGGAGAGUAGAUAUUCAAAUGGCUGCCGGCUAUAAACAUUUGCUCAGAUGCAAAAAGUAACCUGUUACAUAUGUUAUAUAGGAUAGAAAGAAUUUAAGGGAAGCUUGCUGACCUGAUCAUGGGUUGGGUAAAUAAUAAGUUCAUCACAUAUCUAAGACUCAAGCUUUACCGUGAUAAUGGAUUACUAAACUUUUCAGAACAACAGUUUCUGGUGUUACACAGAAGUUCUUUUUAAAAUUUGUAAUCUUUUUCAAUCUUGCAGCAAUCAACAGUAGCCCUUAUGAGCAUGGCCCUUCCAUAUAUUGGACUUCAGCUCCCAUUAUCCUUUGAUUUUGGCUAAGUUGCCUAGGGUUGAACAGGGAUGAAGUCCACCAACAUCUGAAGGGUCACAGUUGCCUAGUCCUGCCCUAAAACAGGUGGGAAUCCUGUAGCCCAUGAGGAUAUGUUUGUGUCAAGGCCACCAAAAUUCCCCAUCCCUGCCUUAAAACAGCUGGAUAAUACCAAGUUAAAAGUCAAUAGAAUUGCCAAACUUCCAUCUGUUGCUGUGGCAGUGCUUACUUAUGCUAUUUCUUUGUAAUCUUUAUAUGGCCCAUAAAUACCACUCCCGGUCUGUCUUCUUCAGAAAAUGUCCAUCUGUCUGAAACAGAGACCCAAGUCACCAUGCCUCUUGUCAGGUGAGAAUUAUGUGGCCUUGCAGAUCCAAAUCCUAGUUUAGCCAAUUGUGAGGAAUACUGAGAAUUGUAGUACAAUAACAUUUGGAGGGCCACACAACUCCCACUGUUGAUCUCACUCUACCCAACUGACCACCAACUUCCUUGAUCACCAGUCUUUUUACUUGAUCUGUAUUUAAAUGUUUCACAUGCUGCGUUUAAAUGUCUAUUUAUACCAGAUUUUGCAAGUGUAAUUUGAAGGCUAUUUCCCGGCUGAACUCUAUAUUGUGUACAGGUGUGGAUGGAGGAUGUCCUUGCAGACAUGACUUUGGAUGUGGUUUGACACACACAUACACAUUUGUCACAAGAUGUUCUUUUUUCCUAUGCCUUCCUGUCUAUGUUAAAAGGAAAGUGGGAACAAAUAGAGGGAAAUGUUCUUUGUAAUGAAAGCUUGGCAGUGGUUCUGGUCACUUUUGAAUGUCAAUGCUUUGCAAGAUCAUUCUUUUCAAUUGCUGAUUUUUCUCAUUGUGUGUGUGUCUAUGUUUACAUGUCAGUCUAUUAGUCAAUGACAUCUGAAAUCACUUUCACGUUUCUGCAUUUUUCAUUCCAAGUACAGCUGGUAUAUUUGUGAACUCAUCUUUCUGGUAUGCUCCUCUGUGUCAGAUUGCCAACAGCCAAAAGCACUAGGCCAAGUGUGUUUUUUUAUAAAAUCCCCUGGGAAAAACUGUUUGUAUACUUGUGAAAGGGCAUGUGCUGUGUGGGAUGAUGAUGUACAGUGUAAAUCUGUAAAAUGUGGAAGUGUGUAUACAUUAUCUGCCAAAUAUCUCUACAUGUAAUAAAAGCAAGGAUAUUUAAUGUACGUACAUCAAAUUGAAAAAGAAACUCCAUUAUAUUUCAAUAAAGAGAUGUUCUCUGCAUUGAGAAUCAA